GCUGCCCUUGGGAACAGGGGGAGGGGUAGGAGAGGCUUUUCUGGGGCUACAUUAAAGGAGAACUUGGGUUUCCCUAAGAAGGAUGCUCCCAGACCUGAGGGUGUGCCCUUAUCUGGAGAAGGUUGGAGCCCCUAGAUGGGCUGCGAAGUCACCCCGCCACAGGAUUCGGGGGUCCGCCCGGCUAGCGGGAGUGGGACUGCUGAUCGCCCUCCUGGGCGCACUUGGCUGCUGCGCCCAGGCCCCAGGUAGGGCUCCAAAGCUCCAAGCUACGAACGUGCUCCUGGGCUGUCUUCCCUUGCAAUGCUUGGGCGCUGAGGGUAAAAAGCUGGGUCUGGUAGGCUGGGUCCAGAACACCGAUCGGGGCACAGUGCAGGGACAACUGCAAGGUCCCAUCUCCAAGGUGCGUCCCAUGCAAGAAUGGCUGGAGAAAAGAGGAAGUCCCAAGUCACACAUUGACAGAGCAAACUUCAACAACGAGAAAGUCAUCUCAAAGUUGGAUUAUUCAGACUUCCAAAUUGUAAAAUAAUGACCUGAAGUUUUUCCAAAUAACCUCACUCCUUUUUUAUUGAUAUAGAACGAUUCUAUGCUCAGUAUUAGAAUUUCUCAGUAAGUUAUUUUAGCUGUGUUUUUGAAAGCUACCGUGUGUUACAUGUAUGAUGGAAUACAAUUGUGUACAAUUUUAUCCAAUAAAAACACGUUAGAACCUUA